GUCUCCCGGGGGGGGGGGUUGUUUCCUGUCAGUGCGGCGGCGGCCGGGGGGCCGCGGGAGCCCGGGGCCGUGCCAGGCGGGACAAGGCCGGGUUGGUCUCGGAUCCGCCGCGAGCACCAUCAUCAGGUGGUUCCUCCGCCGGAAAUCCCGUUCGCUCCCGCAGCUGCUUCUCUGCUCAGCCCUGGCCUCUGGCUCAGGACCUGCCCGCCUGUGUCCCUGCUUGAGGCCAUCGCCCCAAAGAUUCCCAAGAUGCCAAAACCACGGAAGGGCCCUCGAGCCGGUGGCCAGGGUGUGGCAGCUGCCAAACAGCUGGGGCUCUUUGUUGAGCUCAACGAGGACGACAUGCUGUUGGGCGUGGAGGAGGCGGUUGACGACGCGGACCUGGAGGCUGAGCUGCUGGCCCUCACCGGGGAGGCCGGGACCCCAGACCGGAAGCCAAAGCCCCAGGGGCGGGCCCCUCUGCCCAUGGCGCACAUCGAAAAGUUGGCGGCCGACUGCAUGCAGGACGUGGAUGAGGAGGAGGAGGAUGAGGAAGGGCUGGAGGAGGAUGCGGACUUGCUGAGUGAGCUGCAGGAGGUCCUGGGUGCGGAGGAGGAGGCCGGGCCCCCGGAGGGUGAGGAGCCAGCCAGCCCGGGGGACCUCGAGGAGGCGCAGGAGGACGCCGAGGCCCCGGUGUCAGCAGCUCCCCUGGCAGCGCCAGCCCCUGUGGCCCAGGCUGCAGGGCCUCCGGGACUACAGGCGCUGCUGCAGGAUCGGAUCCACAACUACCGGGAGGCCGUGGCCAGUGCCAAGGCGGCCGGGGACGCGGCCAAAACCAGGCGCUGCGAGCGGGGCCUGAAGACUCUGGAGUCCCAGCUGGCUGCUGUGAGGAGAGGCAGGGAGGUCCCUGAGGCAGAGAUCCCCCCUCCGGUGGCCUUGGGAAAGAGGACCGCAGCGCCCCUGGAAAACAGCGACCUGCCAGCCACCCCCGGCCAAGAGCCAGCCAGUUCCUCUGCGCCAGAGACGAGCGUCGCAGGCAGCCCCGGCAUGUCUGCCCCGGACCCAGCCCCUCAGGCGCUGCUGCUGGCCCGCCAGAGAGAGUACAAGCUGGCCGCCCUGAGCGCCAAGCGGGCCGGAGACCUUGACCGUGCCCGGGAGCUCAUGCGCAUCGGGAAGAGGUUUGGCGCCGUGUUGGAGGCGCUGGAGCAGGGGCAGCCCGUGGACCUGAGCGCCAUGCCCCCCGCACCAGAGGAUCUGAAGUCCCUCCCGCAGGCCCCCAAGGCCCACACGGCACCCUCCACCCCAGCAGUGGAGCGAGUGCAGCCAGUGAUGGCCUCAGACACCCCUGUAAGCCCAGGCGCCCCCGCAGAACCCCAGACCGUGCUCGACGCCCUCCAACAGCGGCUGAACAAGUACCGCGAGGCCGGUGUCCAGGCUCGGGCCGGUGGGGAUGAGCGCAAGGCCCGGAUGCACGAGCGCAUUGCCAAGCAAUACCAGGAUGCCAUUCGCGCGCACCGAGCGGGCCGCAAGGUGGACUUUGCUGAGCUGCCGGUGCCCCCAGGCUUCCCCCCCAUCCCGGGCCUGGAGCCCGCGGCAGGCACCCAGGAGGAUGCGAUGGCGGCGACUCUAGCAGCUGCUCAGAAACUGGCUUCGGAGGACGCGGCCCCAGCAGAGGACGACGACGAGAAUGAGGAGGAGGCCAGCGCCCAGGCUCCGGUGGCCAAGAAGCCGGCCCAGCCUCUGAGCCCUGCCUCCCGGCCCCUGCCCGAGCCCCGGGCCUCCAGCUCGAAGGAGUCACCGAGUCCCUCUGUGCGGGAGCAGCUGGCGCUGCUGGAGGCGCGCAAACUGCAGUACCAGCGGGCGGCGCUGCAGGCCAAGCGGGGCCAGGACCUGGAGCAGGCCAAGGCCCAUCUGCGCGUGGCCAAAGUCCUCGAGGCCCAGAUGGCCCAGGUCCGGGCGGGCCACCCCGUGGACCUCUCCAAGGUGCCUUCGCCGUUGAUGGACGAGGAGGGGGGCUUCAUCGUCAUUCACCACGAGGACCUGCGGCUCUCGCAGAAGGCCGACGAGGUGUACGCGCAGCUGCAGAAAAUGCUCCUGGAGCAGCACGAGAAGUGUCUGCUGUUCUCCAAGCAAUUCAUGCACCAGGGCAACGUAGCCGAAACCACCCGGUUCGAGAAGCUUGCUCAGGACCGCAAGAAACAGCUGGAGAUCCUGCGACUGGCCCAGGCCCAGGGCCUCGACCCUCCCAGCCACCACUUCCAGUUGAAGACGUUCCAGACCGUGAGGAUCUUCUCAGAACUCAACAGCACAGAAAUGCACCUGAUCAUCGUCCGGGGAAUGAACCUCCCAGCGCCCCCAGGGGUGACCCCUGAUGACCUGGAUGCCUUUGUGCGGUUUGAGUUCCACUACCCUAACUCGGAUCAGGCUCAAAGAAGCAAAACAGCUGUGGUGAAGAACACAAACUCUCCAGAAUUUGAUCAGCUCUUCAAACUAAACAUCAACCGAAACCACCGGGGCUUCAGGAGAGUGAUUCAAAGCAAAGGAAUCAAGUUUGAAAUCUUCCACAAAGGAUCCUUCUUCAGAAGCGACAAGCUGGUUGGCACAGCCCACCUGAAGCUCGAGCGCCUGGAGAAUGAGUGCGAGAUCCGAGAGAUCGUGGAGGUCCUAGAAGGAAGGAAGCCCACAGGGGGCAAGCUGGAGGUGAAGGUGAGGCUGCGGGAGCCCCUCAGCGGCCAGGAUGUGCAGACGGUCACCGAGAACUGGCUGGUCCUGGAGCCCCGAGGCCUGUGACGCGGUGCCCAGCCCUGCAGUGUCGCAUGGGCAGCUCUGUGCUCUCCCGGUCUUGCUGGCUGCCAAGGCGAUGCUGCAGUCCAAGUGCCAGAGAUCGGGACGCAAUGGCUUGGCUCCCCGCCCCUGGCCCAGCCUCGCCGGGGCCAGCUCUCCCAGGACCUGCCGCACAGCUGGCUGGAUCCUAGGUGUCCCCAUUCCCAACCCGCCCGGUGAUGGCAAGGACACCGUCACUGCUCUGUGCCAUGCGGGGCUCCUAGCCCCAGUGCAGCGAUGGUGGCAGCACCUCCCGUCCCCGCUGCGUUGUUUUGGACGUGCCUUUGGAGCUGUAAGGGGUGCAAGCGCCAGCAUGGGGUCUGGAGACGCCUCCGCUAGGGUGGGGCAGGGCUCCUCGGCUCCAGCUGGCCCCUGGCGGCCAGUCCUCGCUGCUGUUCCCCGGCUCUGGCUGUGCCUGUGCCUUGGUUCCUGACAGCUGCUGCACCAGCCCCUCUGCUUCCCACAGCGCUCUCUGAAGACAGACGUGACCCUCGCGGCUCUUGGAUUUGGUCCCUGUGCCUAAGACUCAAAGGACUGCUUGCUAGAGGGGGAAAUACAGCUGUCUACCAGUCUACACAGCCACCUUUCUUUAUUGAGGAACCUGGGUUUGAGUCCCUGCCGGGUUUCAGCACACACAGUGCCCGUCACAGCCCUGGCCUGGGCACAGAGCACCACCGAUAUGGGGGGCAGGGGGCUGCUCUUGGGAGAAGCAGGGAGACCUCACACCCCAGCAGGCCCCCACGGGAAGCCCCACAGCGCUUUCCAAGAAUGCCUUAGGGUUUAUUUUCCAGAAUGGAGGCAGACAUGGAGGGAUUUGUAGUUGCAAUAGAUUUAAUAUUCAAAACUGCAGAAUUCUACAUUUCUUAGAAAUAAACUUUAACAACCCACCUUCCCCGCCCCUCUUUUUGAGGCAUUAAAUGAAGGUUCACAAAGCAUUCCUUAAGAUCGCUCUUGAAAGGCUGUAAGUGAAGGAAAUACAUUCAGCUUACUGGUCACUACAGUAUUGCAUAAGCAAGCUCAGGGCCGAGCUUCUGUGUCUUUUUGGGGGUUAGGGCUGGACCAUGCUUCCUUGCCCUUAAGAGCAGAGCUUUUAUUGGGUAACAGCAGGGAUGACAAAUGACUUUUUCUGAGAGCUUUCGGUCUUACUGAUCUCAGUGACCUGCCAUAGUUUCCACAGAUUUGAGAUUUAACACUUAAUUGCAGUCGCGUCUGUGUUGAACAAGCAGGAAUUCAGAAUGAAAGGGAGGCCCGUGAGCCUUCCUGACGGGACCCAGAGCAGCGUUCUUCAACCACCGGUCUGACGCCAGGUGACGGUCCACAGGUGCAGAAAGUGAAAACCACUGGGCCAUUGCCGUGGUCCUAAUGCCAGGCCACGGUACCCAGCAGGACAGGUGCCUAGCAGGCUGCAGCUGUACACGGAUCGGGGGACGCUGGCCUAGAGCAAAGAGGGCGGCAGCCAGGAGGGUCCUGUUUCAAGCUAGUCCCCCACACGCCCUAUGCCCAAACCAGUGGUCAACAAGAGGCCUUGGGGCCUCUGCUUGUCUUUGAAAAUUAAAGACUUUAUUUUUUUGGUGGGGGCGAGGGGUCCUCCCAGCUCUGUGUUCAGGGAUUGCUCCCAGCAGUGAAACCCUGGCCUCCCAUAAGCAAAGCAAGCAUGCACGCAGCCCACUGAGCUCUCAGGCCCUCACCUAGAAAGCUCUAACCAUCUAGGCAUGCCUACGUUUGGGCCCCUUCAGGAAAUACCUUUUUGCAGCUGGGUAGUUUUUCGGUGGCUCCAAAGAACUCCCUUCACAUCACUCCCGCUCCAUCACUCUCCCAUCCCCCUGUAGGUUGCAGGGCGCCAGACUACAUCACCCACUGGAGCUGGAGACUGCCAAGGGCGUGGAGGGGCCAGGGUGGGAGGAGCCUGCUCGGGCCACAUCUGGUUCUGAGAUAUGCCCAAAUGAAAUUGUCACCCAGCGAAUCAUUCAAAAAUGUAAGUUGUCAGGAUGGAGCAAGAGUACAACAGGUAGGGCACUUGCUUUGCUUAUGGCCGACCCAGAUCCGAUCUCUGGAACCCCAUCUGGUCCCGAGCCUGGUUAGGAGCGUAAGCGCUGAGCACUGCCGGGUGUGGUCCAAGACCUGCUUCCCACCUCCCCGCAGCUGUAAAUUACUGAAAGGGGAAACUUAUCUAAGACCCAGGAGUCAUACAGCUAGAGGAAAACCUUUUGCAACCCUAAGUUUUCUUACCGCACCACUCUGGAACACUGUUGCUUCCAGAUUUUGAAAGCUCAUUUCCCAAACAUAGGCAGCUCCUAGGCUACCUUCCUUCUUAAGGAAAGGAUGAAACGGGAGGGAACAGUGCAGCUGGGGAGCUUGCAUGUGACCCAGCCCCAUCAGAUUCUCCCCUUGCUGGGCCUAAGCCUCCUAAAGCUCUCCUGGGCCUCUUGGUCACCCGUGUGUCUUGACAGGAAACUCCACAGUUUGAUGAUCAUUAAGUCAGAAAACACUGUCACACACUUACUGAAAAUGUUCAGCAGAUUAUCUGAAGCAAAUGCAUUUGAUAAGAAUUUGGUUUUAAGAUAGGAAGUCAGGUAAAGAGCAGCUACCUCUUUAUACGCAGCUCUAUAGCUCUACGUUCUAGAAAAGUCUGUCAAAUGCCCGGUUUACAAGAUGAUACUGCUAAACAGGAAAGGGUGUCUUGAGCAGCUAAGAGCAGACCUGACUGAAAGGAGUUGGGCUUGAGUAAGAGGAUCCAAAUGCCUGAUGUACAGAUCUAGAGGCAACGGACAAGAGAAGCAGCUUGGGCGCAGGCCCCAUUCACACUCGUGAUGUACCUAGCGUGCGCCGGCCACCCAAACACCUGGCCCUGUUAGCGAGCGUUUCCUGCGCCUGUCAGAUGAGGGGUGAUCCCGGGACAGGCUUUCAAGCUGCUGUUCUGUGGGCACAUUUUUCCCCUCUGAAGCUCUGGCCACGAAGGGGGAGGUCACGUCCCUGGUUCUCUGCAGCCAUCUCCAAAGCCAGUGACAGGAGCGGUCGAGUACGGGGCUCCCACUGCAGAGGGGCCAGUCCUAGCCAGGCCCGUGGCCUGUCUGGAAAACUGCUGCUGCCUCGAUGUAGCCCCAUGGCCUGCUGAGUCCCCAGGGCGCUGAGCCCGAGUGCCGGGCACAGACGCUCGAUCACUGUCCUCCAGGACGGCAUGUGCGUCCACGGGGUUCUGGGAACUGCUGCUCUCCUGAAGAAGAGCCUCUCCUUCCUGAACGUGCUUCCAGAAAACGCCACUGGCGGGAAUGAGCUGCUCCAGAACAGUGAACAGGUUGAACUUGAGGACUAUGAGAUCCCUGUGGUCUGUGACCAAAAUAAUUUGUUUUUAUGGUGCCGUACUGGACCCGGGUCCUUUCCCAUUGCCGGGCGAGAGAGUGACUCCGUGGAGCGCUCUUCCAGCCCUCCAAAGCAGUGCAGUCAGGACAUGACAAACAACAUGGGGAGAUGACGGCCUGGUGUUCAGCACUAGUCCCAGUAAAAGAAAUCUACGCCCCUCAGAGGAACUGCUGAUUCCAAGGGUGAGAGAUCACCUGCUAUGUUUUAAAAAAAAAAAAAUUCCAAAAGUGGUAGCAUGGCAAAGGACACAGGACGUCUCUUAAGGGGCUUCUUCUGGCAAAGCGUAGGACAUCUGAGCACCAAAUUAUGAAUCAGAACAACCUCAGCAAUGCAGGGGCGGGGGGUGGCUCAGUAGCAGAGCACUUGCCUUGCACGGUUGAGAUCUGGAUUAAAUCCCUGACAUCACCCACAUGAAACAAAACAGGAUCAACCCCCCAGCCUCUCUUGAAACUUAAAUAUACAGAAAAACAUAC